AUGUCGUCGCCGGCCAAAGUCACCAAGACGUCGCGCCCGCGCGCACCGCGCUCCUGCAUCCCGUGUGGCAAGAGGAAGGUCGGCUGUGACAAGGAACGACCGAGCUGUGGACGAUGUGUCCGCGCGGGCAUCGCCUGCACCUACGCCGCCGCGCGCUCGCCNNCGACACGACCUGACACCGCCCAGAUGAGACGCCAUCGCUCGCCUCCCGCGCCAGCCGCCUGUACGAACUCACCCACGCCGCACCCGUCGCCGACGUCCCCAUCCUCCCGCCCAGCAGCACAACACGCAGCGACCGGAGCACGCCCACCGAAACCGGCCCCGUCUGCGCCCCGACGCCACCCUCGCCAUGCCGAGAUGGCACCACGCCGACCAGAGACACUGGACAUCUGUACGUAGGACCACACACGAAGGGCCAUUACAUAUCCAGUGCACAUUUUGCCUUGAUCAGCCAGGAAGUUGCUGCGAUCAACGACCUCCUUCGAGACCAAAAAGGCUACACUCGUGGCGGCCCUCCAGAUUCCAUGCGUGGACAUCUUGGCCAGACCUUUCCGGCCUCGCCUCCCCUCACUGCAACAAAGCUUGACUCAAAUGGCUCUUCCGUUGCUAGCACCCCGCACGAAUUGCCCGAACGAGAAUUGUAUGGGGACCUGUUUCCGAAUAUCCCCGCCUGGAACCCGCAAGACAACACGCUGCUACAAUCGCAGACUCCGUCCAUCGACGAGAUCUUGGCAGGCUUGCCCACGAAGGAACAGAGCGAAGUGCUAAUAUGGUCAUAUAUGGGUGGCUAUCAUGCCAAGAGAUCAUUAUUCCACGGCCCAUCAUUCCUCGUCCAAGUCAGGAAAUUUCAACACUGGUACGACACGCGAGAUCCGAACUACCAACUAAGCGUGCACUUCCUUUCAUUGCUCACUGCCGUGCUCUUCGCUGGAUCAGUAGUGUGCCCUCGCUUCCGCCUCCAAACCGUGUUUGGUAACAUCAGUCGUGAGACACUGACAUCAAGACUAUAUCGAAGAGCUGUGCGCGCCAUCAGAUUGUCAGAAUUUCCUCAGUCGCCCUCGCUGCAGUCACUAUCAGCUUUUAUUAUAGUUGACUCCACAUGGCUGCGAGAAGAACAGCCGCUAACAUGUUGUUCAUUCAUCGGAGUUGCGACUCGAGUGGCCCAGAUGUUGGGCUUGCAUCGAGAGCCUACCACAUUUGGCCACUUCUCAAACGUCGAUGUCCACAUCAGGCGGCAAAUAUGGUGGUCCAUAGUGUCUAUUGACGCUCAGGUGGCGUUCGCUUCCGGUCUGCCUCCGAUUCUCGACUGCAGGUUAUACAACGUACUACCUGUGAGCGAGAUCAGUGCUGCUGCCAUCCGAGAGGACUUCGAGUCGCACGGCAAUGCGAACAAGUCGGUCCUUGGUAUUUUCAUUGGAGGGCGCUUUGCUUUCUACAAGAGAGGCAACGAGAUUCUGCAUUUGCUGCACAGUAGUUUGUUGUCAGAGAAGGACCUCGACCGCAUUCUGGAGAUCACACGAGCCAUCAAGGAAGACAUGGAUUCAAGAACGGAGCAAAUCCACCUGAUCGAGAAGAUGACUACGACUAGCGAGCCUUGCGACGGGAGCGACAUUGGCGCACUCCGUCAGACAGAGUCCAAUGCAGCACUUGCGCAGUUCGCCAAGAUGUUGUUCGCCUUAUGGGCAGCAAAGCCGUAUUCUGUCAUGUAUGGUCCCAUGCGGAGGCAGGGCUUGUUACCUGCACUGAGAAAGAAGCAGCCUGGCGUCAUUGUCUAUUGCAGGGAAUAUGUUCAUCGUUUCCUUCGACUGGCCGAACGGCGCGAUUUCCAACCAUGGCACUGGUGUUGGCCUGGCCAACAUCAACCUCUCCACAGCAUUAUGGCUUUGAUCACCGACUUGGAAGACCACCCCAACGACCCGGAAGCUGUCGAGACAAGGAAACUUGUCGACCUUGCCAUCUACAAAUGCAUCGGCUCUGAUGACUGUGGCAUCGUAUCACACGAAGACGGCAAUCCCGAUCCACGUCCGCUUCAUCCGGGCGGAACGCAAGCCUGGCGGUUUCUCCGACGAGCUAGAGACAGAGCGUGGGAGAUGGCCGGCCUCGAUCCCUCGAUUCUCACUUGCCCGGAAUCAGUGCAUGAUAUCCGCCUCAAAGGCGUGCCGGAUGAAGAUCGAGAUGCCCAGGAUCAACCUGAUGAAUGGCAAGAUUAUGCUUAUGGUCCCAUUCCCCAGACUUAUGCCGAGUGGUCAUAUCUGGGGCAAGCAACGGAUCCCAAUUUUGGUUUCAUGAAUGAAUUGGAGUUGCAGUUUCCGCCUCCGACGGCGGCGGCGGGAACGCAUCCUGGGGUACCUGGUGGGGUGGUUGGUUGCUGA